UUUUAUUCAUCCUGUCCCAUUCAAAUUCCACCACUUCUCUUUAAUCAUCUCCCUUUUCAUCUUCACGGAUGCCUUACUUUAAAAAAAAACCCUCUCUCUCGGGUUACAUGACAGAAGCGAUUAAAGAUUGAAUCUUUACGCAAAAUCAGUAAAAAAAAUGGGACUUUUUGAUUGUUUUGGUGCGUUUGAUUACUGCACACACGAAACUUCAGCUCAAACACAUGAAAUCCCUACAAAAAACGUGAGGCUAUUCUCUUACUAUUCUCUGCGUUCAGCAACGAGAUUGUUUCACCCUUCCAACAGAAUUGGCAGAGGUGGUUUCGGAGUAGUUUAUAAAGGUGUUUUGAGAGAUGAGACCCAAGUUGCAAUCAAGGCUCUCUCUGCUGGAUCCAAGCAGGGGAUCAAGGAGUUCUUGACAGAACUCGCGACCAUAUCCAAGAUCCGGCAUCCCAACCUCGUGCAGCUGCUCGGCUGCUGUGUCGAGGGGGAUCACCGGAUAUUGGUCUACGAGUACAUGGAGAACAACAGCCUCCACACCGCCUUGCUAGGCUCUUACAGCAAACGAGCGGAGUUGGAUUGGUCGAAGAGGGCUGCAAUAUGUCUAGGCACGGCUAAGGGCCUCGCGUUCCUCCACGAGGACGCUGAGCCAGGCAUCGUUCAUCGCGAUAUAAAGGCCAGCAAUGUGCUUCUUGAUGAGGAUUUCCUCCCUAAAAUCGGAGAUUUUGGGUUGGCCAAGCUGUUUCCUGAUAAUGUCACCCAUGUUAGCACCCGUGUAGCGGGAACAGUGGGAUAUCUUGCACCAGAAUACGCGUUGCUAGGGCAGCUAACAAAGAAGGCAGACGUGUAUAGUUUUGGGGUGCUUAUACUCGAGAUCACGAGUGGAAGAAGCAGUAGUAAGGCCGUUUUCGGAGAGGAACUCUACGUUCUACUCGAAUGGACUUGGAAGUUGUUCAAAGAAGGUAGGCUCCUAGACGUCGUUGAUCCAGAUCUAGUCGACUACACAGAGGAUCAGAUAACGCGUUUCAUGAAGGUCGCGCUGUUCUGCACCCAGGCAGCUUCUCAGCAGAGACCAGAUAUGAAACAAGUGGUGAAGAUGCUGUCAACAGAUGUUACCCUUAAUGAGAAGCUACUAACAGAACCCGGGCUUUUUAGGCCAAAAAGCUCAAGUAAGUCGGAAGGCGAUAGCUUCCGUUUCUCGUCUCACUCGGACAAAGGCAAGGAGUGCGUUACUCAACCCACAACCCCAACCAAUUUAGAACAUAGCACUACAGACAUGAUCCCUAGAUGACUCAUUCUAGUAUUCGUAUAUUAUCUUUAUCUAAUUCUAAUGAUAGUUAUUCAUUAUUUCUUGCAAUCAUAUCAGUAAAAAACAUACACAGAGGUGAGUUUGCAAUUGAUUUAAGUUAUGGAUGUGGUUGGAGGAUGAAUGAGGAGUCACCGGCUUGUUUGAGGGUGUCGAGGAGUUGGCGCAUACGAGAGAGAUCAGUUGGCUUUCCUGGCAACAAUGGUAGGUUUCUUUUCGACUUGUCUCGGUAUGAGUUGUGCAGUCGCCUUCCAGAAACUCUUGGAUGCCUCUGCGUGAAACUUGUCUCUGUCUUGUAGAAACUUCUGCAAUCAAUUCAACGCGAUUUAGUUAAAUUUUGAAACAUAGAAAUGCAAUUUUUUGGAGGUGUUAAACCUUUUCCUUGUCCAUGCUGAGAGCUUUGCUAAUCUCACACUCGAUCCUCCAUUUCUUGUAUAACCCUGCUUUGUAUUUAUCGGCUUCCUCAAUUAUUACCUUCAACAUCUCCUUCUCCUCUAGCCGAA